AGACAUAUUCAGAAAAAGACUACAACUCCCAAAGUGCACUGCUCCUGAAAGGGGUUCCUUCCUUCGGCACUUUUCUAAUCCUUCCUUCCCUCCUACUAUGUUGUCCACUUCUGAGUAACUGCAUUGUACCCAUUACCAGAGCUUGGCUCAGGAUCUUCGGCGCUUGUUUCUUUCCCAGGAGCUGAUUCCAACCUAGGGACCGGCGCGGUUUCCGCGGGGACAACAAUUGCGAACGGACAAACGCGGUGGCGCGGAGGUUGAAUACUGAGUUGGCGGAGAUUGUGACUGCGAGUUUCGGAGCCUAGGGAUGGCUUUGUUGGGGCUAAUCAAGAAGUUGGGUCAUCCUCUGGCUGAGAUAAGGGAGAGGGCGCUUAAGAGUAUUCUGUGCAAAGUGGAACACAAUUUGAUUUCUUGUGUUGAACUCGUACAGGAGAAACUUCUUUUUAUUUAUUUACUGGAAUGGUUCAAUUUUCCUACCGUUCCCAUGAAAGAAGAGGUUCUGAACCUACUCAGCAAUUUGGUUAAGCAUCCGUCAGCAGUUCAACAUUUGUUUGAUAUCGGUGCAUAUGAGUUUUUUUCCAUGCUUCGACCUAAUGUGGAUCCAGAUUUGCAGGCUGAAAUUGAUGGCAUUAUGGAUGGCCUGUUUAUCCUUCCUUCAAAUGAUUCUUCUCUGUUUCAUCAUUCUACAUCUCCAUUUUUCCAAACCAAGCCAUUUGUAUGUGGACCCAAAACUGCUUUACCAGAAGAAAAUGAAAUUAAACCUGGAUAUUUUCCCCAGGUUGCAAAUAAUCUCCAGCAGAUGGAAGGCCAGACAGGAUCACUGAUAAAUCAAACUGUGAAAUGCUUGAAGUUUUCUACAUUUCCUUGGUUGCCGCUCACUGCAACAGAUAGACAUGUUCUUUCCUCUAAUGAAAGUUCUUUAAGAAGUAAUAACUUCACUUUAGUCUGGAAUACCUGUGAACUGUUGGAAGAUGUUAUCAUGCAAGAUUUUCCUCCUGAGAUUUUCCUUCAUCGGCCAAAGAUUAUUCAGAAUUUAUUAUCUCUGAUGAAUCUGGCAUUUGGAAGAGAUGGGCAGCCUCGCUUAGCAUUAAAAGCAGUGUCAUGUUUGCAACAAUUGUGCCUAUAUUUGAGAAACAGACUUAACUUUCACAGAGAUCCAGGAUUUUUCUCCUUUAAACAAGACACAUUUUCCCAGAAUUCUUCCUUGUCCUAUAGCCGUGAAACAAGAGGUGCCCAUCAUUCUCAGAAUAUUUCCUCAGGAAGCAGUAGCCCUCGACCUUCAGUGGUUGGACACAUAGGCUUGCGUCCCAGAGGAGAUGGCCAGGAUUGGGAUGCGGUAUCUUCCAGUGAAAGUAGUGCAGUUCCUAGACCGUCCAUCCAUUCACCUUUGGAUAUGAUACAGACUGAUCUUCGAGAGCUAGAAAUUGAGGACACCCUGGAGUUACAGUUCCAGCAACUUAGUCUUCCUCAGUUCUGCGUCCUUGUUUUGGAAACAGCAGUCCCUCUCUUAAGAACAAACAAUACACAGAUAAUAGUGCAAGUUCUGGAAUUGCUUGCAGAAGUUGGAAUACUUAUUGGAGAUGCAUUAUCUGAAGAUAUCUGGGAUGACAACAGCCUCUUUGCUUUAGACUUGAAACUAAAGCUAAUUGUAGUCAUGGAUUUGCUUGGAAAAAUCAUCUCCUACCACAAAAACAGUAUCAGUUCUGAACAGUCAGAUACAGUGAUGUUUGUGCACCAUAAAAUGGCCUUUGUCAGUAUCUCACUUUUUACUGUUAGACUGUUGCAAACACUUCUUCCUUUAGAAAAGGCAAACCAGUUUUUACCAGAAAGCUUGAUGACUUCAUUGUUCCUUAUUUCUAUGGAAAUGCCUCUGUCCUUGGAAUAUCCAAAUAUUCAUGAGGCUGUUAUUGCCUAUUUGGAGCAACUGAAUUCUGAAAACUAUACUAUUUACAAAGGAACUGCAGAAAUAGUUUAUUCACUUGAUUGCAGCGGUAACUUCAUGACUGAUAUUGAGAAAGAGGAAGAGAAAAAUCCCACUGAGUUAGUAGAGAUGGCAAACCAAGCUUUAUCUAGCCUUUCUUAUCAUCAGCACUCUCCAUUAAUAAAGAAGAUCAUCUGUCUGUGUUCAAACAUAUGGAAAUCUGAACAGACUAGCCCAUUACUACAGGAAGAAAUUCAAAAGGUGUUUCUACAUCUUUUGUCAUAUCCUUUGCUGCCUGUAAAAGCUGAGAGUUAUCGCUACUGUCUGGAAAUUGUUCAGCAUUGUUUAGGCAUCAACACUGUGGCAGCCUCAGGGUGUUCAGUUUGUGAUGAAGUUAAUUUUCUACUUCAUCCAAAAGUUCUAUAUGAAAUGUGCACAUUUGGUCUUCAAGAAUCCAAAGAAGAGGUGAACUCUGUUGUCAAGACUGUUCUGACGUAUUUGCUUCAGGGACGAUUGAUUAUGACAACAAUGACCUGGAACAAAUUUAUUGAGUCUCUUUGCCCUGUUGUUCCAAUUCUACAGGGUUAUGCUGACACAGAAGAAUCUUUUGGAAAAUGUAUCCUCAUGCUAAGUGAAACAAAUUCUGAGGGAGAAGGGAUCCUUCCAGAAACUUCCAGAUUAAAGUCUAUAUUUCGACUUUUGCUAUUGAAAAAAAAAUCGUUACGGGACAUGGCGUCAAAGCUUUUAGCAUUUCAACUAAUAAAUGAAGAAGGGAGAAGCACAAAACGCCCUUUCAUAGAUGCUAACGUUCUCUCUAAAGUCACCAACUUGUUUAUUGUGGAAAAACCUAUUGAUCUCAAAUUAGAUGACAUAAAACAACCAAUUAUCAAGGUGGAGGCUGUUGAAAAAUUGUAUGAAGUCUUUACAUCAGAUGUUGAUCUGCCUUUGAGGAAGUCAGCUUUAGAUCAAUUAGUUAUAAUUUUUCAAGAUAUCAAAAUGCAUAAUGUGUUGAACAAGAUGGAUUUAAUUGACAGUAUGUUUUCUGUUUUAAAUAAAUGUGUAAGAGAAGAUGGUCAGGAAGUGGAAUGUAUGAUAUUACCGUGCCUUACUAUCAUAAGAAAACUUCUGACUGCUGAUUCAGUUAAACGUCUGUCUCUUUCACAGGAGACCUCUGCCUUCUUCCUGUUAUUCAGAGUUGCCUUGAUAUUCCAAAAGGAUUCUGCCAUUGUGACUGAAGUGGCAGUAUUAUUCUGUCUUCUUCUGUUUGAUGAAGUAUCACGAAUGGACAUAUGGUCAGAUAAUAUAUCCAGUAUAUCAACUGUAACUCCAACCUUUAGCUUACCAGUGUCAGUGAUUAGGCGGUAUCAUCUACCAGUGCAUGUCUCUGGUCACCAUGCUAUCAGCCCUCACUACAUGGUUUUGCCACUGACUUCUGAUUGCUUGACCUUAGAGCCUGUGGCAGAUAUGCUGAGAAUAGCUUGGAACCUAUCACAGUGCCAUGGAAUUGAUAACCUGCUGAAAAGGAUAAACUCUGAAAAUGACACUCAAGAAAUUUUAGACUCAUUGAAGUUAUCCACAGUGGACAUCCUUACACUAAAGCUUACACACACAUAUAGUGGAUUGGAAGAUUGUCUUUCUUCUAUUACUCAAGCUGAAGACCAUGAGGGAGUCAAAGUUGCUGUCACUAGAAUGAGAUUAUACCUUCUUAAUGAUAGACUUUCUUUCAAAGGUGUUGAUGGCCCUUGUGGGUCUGUCUUAAAGACUUCAGCUUGGCAACAAGAAUUAAACAGGUUUCUUCAAGUACUUCCUGCUUGCCUUGAAGAUGAGAAGCUACUGGCUGAUAUCAUGUGUUUUAUGAAUAAAUUAUUGAAGGAACACAGGAAUGGUCCAGUUAUAGAGUUUUUAGAUUGGAUUCUGGAAAUACUUCUUAAACAUAAUCCAAAUCCAUUCUUAGAGCUUCUUGGGCAGUCAGAAACCCAAGAGCACGAAGAAGCAGCUAAUACCCAGACCACUGUCAGACAGCAACUACAAAAGGAACUGAUGACUUUCUUCAAUAUGUUACUCCUCAUAUUCAUGGAUGUGACAGAUAGGAAGUCCUUGGAACUUAUUUACGCUUUCAAGACACAGCUGGCUCUGAAACUGCUACGAUGCCUGAGAGUAACAGAUGCACCUCAUUUUUAUGGACUGCCUUCCCUGGAGAGAACAUUACAAGGGAUGGUUCAUAUCACAGCAGUCCCAGGAUGGAGUUCUCAUUCUACCGUAACUGAGCCAUUCUCAGUUUGUACAAAAUACUUGUCAGGUCUUCUUGAGGUCAUUUCUUCCUUUUAUGUGGAGCGGGGAGGAACUACUCUGUCUUUCAUGGGGAAGGGUGUCACGAAGAGCACAGUUCUUUGCUUGUUACAUUUGUCCCAUGAGAUGAUGAAUCAGGCCAAUAUCUUGGAUUGGAUUUCAAUGUGGUCCUUGCCUUAUGAUAGUAACACUGAGGAACAGCAUCUUACUCAACAGGGACUAGCUUGGUUAAUUCCAUUAUGGGUUGAUAGAGACCCAGAGGUGAGGUUCACAUCCCUGGCAAUAGGAGCAACUCUAACUUCUGAUAAAGUUGGAUGUCUUGCUUUAGCCGAAAGUUGUCAAAACAUUUCUGGUGGACUCUGGGCUACCGUUGUGAAUAUACUUCUGGAUCAUUCAGAAUGUAGUAUGGUUCGCAGAGAGGCUGCAUUUAUUCUUCAGAACUUAUUAGUGAUUCCAUUGCCUACAGAUGAUAACCAUGAUUAUUCUUGGCAUGGCCCUAUUGUACAUGACAUGGAGUAUGGCCUAUCUUUGGUAGGCAAACCUGCCCUUCAAGCCCUAUUAUAUCACAGCAACUUUUAUGAACAUGUGAAUCAGAUGGCGAAACAUUGUUACCUGGAGCGAUACAUGUUUGACAUGAAUUGUUAUGCAUCUCACAACAUCCCAGCAAGGAAGAAUAUAAAUGAUUUUGAUGACUCAGUCCAUUUUGGGAGAGAACAGCUUAGUCCAACAAACCAAGCUCACGGUUCAAGUUCUCCUUCAACAGUAGAAACAGUGGUUUCCUUAGUGCCAUCUUCAUCAGGGAAUGUCGAUGUUCCACCAAAUAUGACUCCAGCAAAUGCUAUUAUUCCUGAAUUGAAAGAUCGACUUAUGGCUCAAGGUCAAAGUGAUACCACAACAACAUCAACUUCUAUUCAUCACGAUUCUCCCCUCUCUACUCCUUUGUCCAAAGAGUACAUUGUUGUAUCUCCUCCUCUUCUUUCAGCUAUGUGCAGCCUUUUGAAUAACCUACUGAUAGUUGUUCCAAAGAACACCAUAACUGCAUUUUAUAAGACUAGCAUCCUAAAGGCUUUCUGUAGUGCUUUGAAUGUUACUUUGUUGGAGAAAUGCAUUCAAGAGCUCAGCAUUCCCUUGUCUUUCUCAAGUCCUGUUGAACAUGCUAAAGCUCAGGUUUCAUUCCUACUGGAGUAUUUGUGUUCUCUGUCUAGACUUCUAUCAUCAUGUUUAUUGAUAGACCCCAGCCCUGUGAACCAGGAUGAGCUGCUAAGACCACUGCUGGAAAAGUUCUUCACAGUCCUUACCAUAUGCACCAAAGAUGACUUGGAUACUGAAUUAAGACAUACAUUUUACCAAUCAUGGACAGACAUAUUUAACUUCCUGGCUUUGUUAUUGAGGAAAACUAGCCAGACCUCCCUUCCAUUCGUAACAGAAGCUCUGGCAAAGGAUUGGCCAGCUAUCAUUGAUACAGUUUGCAAAUGUGUGGGGUUUUCUGCCACAAACUCUAACCUCUAUACUGCCUGCAUGCAAUUCCUUUGCAUUCUCCUGACUGAAGAAGGGAAGAGAUAUCUACCAGAAAAACAAAAUUCAAACCAUAGUCCUACAGUGGCUUCACUUCUUGAUGCAGAUGAUGGAAAUAAGGAAUCUAUAGAACGACUUUUUAAAAUUAUUCUUGAGAGUUAUGAAAAACAGUCCUCCAAGGAUACACUGAAAAGAUUUGCUACCAGUUCUUUGCUGUCACUUCUGGCUGUCAGUAAAAGAGCUCAGAAAUACGCCUGGAAUGCUGGCCUCAUAGAGAGCUGCAUAGAGCAGAUGAAACACAUUCAUGCACAACUCAACUUAGAUUCUCUGAAGCCUAGGAAAAGGGGGCCAAAAAAAAAGGAAAAUGGUUUUAGGAAGGAACUAAAUAUUGCCAUGCAGAUGCUAAGAAAUUGCCUUUAUCAAAAUAAGGAAUAUAAAGCAGCAGCACUUCGAGCACAUUUUGUUCCUCUAAUACAUGCUUUUUGGCCAUGGUUUCUGCUGGAUGAUUCAUUGAUGAAGGUAGUCCUACAGCUGCUUUGUGUCUAUACUGCAAAUUUUCCAGCAGGUUGUACUUCUCUUUGUGGGGCAAGUUCUGUGCAGUAUCCUGGUCAGCCCAUAUUUAGAGGAACACCACGUAACUCUUUGAUGCUUUGUAUCUUAAAAUGGGCUUCACAUUUGACUUCUGAGAAUCCCACAAUUCAGCAGUUGGCUUUUACACUUCUUGCAAAUGUUGCUUUAUCACAUGACUGUAAAGGAGUUAUUCAAAAGAGUAAUUUCUUACAGAACUUUUUAUCUCUGACGUUGCCAAAAGGAGAAAAUAAACGUCUUCCUGAUCUUGCCAUUCUUUGGUUGAAGUUCCUAUUGAAUAUUUCCUCUGAAGAAGAAGGACAACAAAUGAUUUUGAAACUUGGCUGUUCAGAUUUACUUGUUGAGAUGAGCAAAUACAAACAUAAAACCAGUCCCAAUUUACCUCUUCUUAUUCUCCAUAAUAUUUGCUUUAGUCCUACAAAUAAACCCAAGAUACUAGCUCAUGAUAAUAUUAUUUCUUUGCUGUCUACUUGUCUGGAAAGUGACAACAGAAAUGUUCAGAGAAUUGGAGCAGCUGCACUUUGGGCUCUUAUUUACAAUAAUCACAAGGCAAAAGCAACUUUGAAAACUCCAUCUAUAAUAAGAAAAGUGGAUAAAGCCUAUGCUUCAGCAAAAAAAACUAUCUCAGAACCUGAAGCAAACUCAUUAAAUGUCUAUUACAUCAAAUGUCUGGAGAAUCUAAUGCACCUCCUUUUCAUGUGAUUGUCCUAUAUGCCUCCAUUUUGAUGCUGACAUUGAGGUUUAGGAAAGCUUGGUUCAAAGAAAUACUGUGCACUUUCAUGUUUUUGUAUACUUUGUAUCCAAAACAUACAAAGCCUUUUGGAAGGUAAUGUUGACUUGAUACCAAACAGGAAACAGAUCUUAUGAUAGUCAAAGCUCUCCUAUAAUAUGAUGGACCGGAGAUGGCAUCUGACAAGAUUAUGGAAAAAUAAAAACAUGGAAAAACUGGAAUAUAUUUUACUUUUUUAUAUAAAAUACUUUGUAAAAUUAUAUUUAUUACUUAUUUAUCAAAAUAAAAUAUUUGGGAAAUUCUUAACUGAUUGAAAUCAUAAUGUACUUGUUAAACUUUUAUAAGAUUUC